AUGGAUGAACGGUCCGACACGCGAGGUAACAAUUACCCGACAUCGUCAAAAGUGGUCAAAGUAGAAGAAUCGACGUCCACUCAGCUACCAUUCGACUCUCAUGCAGAACCAACGGUGAAGGUCGGUCCUGAUCUCCGGAGCGCUAGGAAACUGAAGAAUGUUAACCGAUUUAAGCAACCAUCCAAUCAUCCGCAAACGUCAAUCCAGCUGUCAAACUUUUUCCCGCCAAUUUUACCCUUCACAAUUCCCGCGCAAAUGAAACCUCAGAUGGAGAUUAAAAACUUUUUACUGAACACAGCUUUACAGAACGCACUAAACGAUUCAUUACACGAAAUAGCUCGAAAGAAAAUAACGACAGAUAAUGAAAGUAAAGUGGUCAGAGAUAAUAAAAGUAAAAUAACCACAGAUAAAGAAUGCGAGACGCGAAGGAGGUUACAUAAGUGCGAUGUGGCUGGCUGUCAUAAGGUUUACACGAAAAGUUCGCAUCUGAAAGCUCAUAAACGGACACACACAGGUGAAAAACCCUAUAGCUGUGGUUGGGCGGGUUGUGGCUGGAGGUUCGCGAGAUCAGACGAACUGACGAGACAUACACGCAAACAUACCGGACACAGGCCCUUUACUUGCCCCCUCUGUCGCAGGGCCUUCGCCAGGUCCGACCAUUUAGGACUGCACAUGAGGAGACAUUAGGGGCGUUUUAAAAUGUUUUGAUUGGUUUACAUGUCAUACAUUUUGAAAAAAAAAAUCUAAAGUUUUAGUAACUAUGAAAAUGUAGAAAUUAGUAAUGUUUAACAUAUAAUGUAUCAAAAAAUAUCUACCAAGAAGUAUUAUAUAAAGAUCCGUUACAAA